AUGCAGCUUCUUCAAUCUUCCGUCAUUGCCGCUACUGUCGGCGCUGCGCUGGUCGCCGCAGUCCCAGUAGAACUCAAAGCCCGCGACUCCUGUACUUUCACCUCGGCUGCCGACGCUAAGUCGGGCAAGACCUCUUGCUCAACCAUCACUCUGAGCAACAUCGAGGUUCCCGCUGGUGAAACCCUUGAUCUGACCGGUCUCAACGAUGGCACCACUGUCAUCUUCUCGGGUGAGACCACUUUCGGCUACAAGGAGUGGGAGGGUCCUCUCAUCUCCGUGUCCGGAACCAACAUCAAAGUCCAACAGGCAUCCGGUGCCAAGAUUGACGGAGACGGAUCCCGCUGGUGGGAUGGCAAGGGUGGCAAUGGUGGAAAGACAAAGCCCAAGUUCUUCUACGCCCACAAGCUGGACUCCUCUUCCAUCACCGGCCUCCAGAUCUACAACACCCCCGUCCAGGGCUUCAGCAUCCAGUCGGACAACCUGAACAUCACUGAUGUUACCAUCGAUAACUCCGCUGGUACCGCAGAGGGCCACAACACCGACGCCUUCGAUGUCGGCUCUAGCACCUACAUCAACAUUGACGGUGCCACCGUGUACAACCAGGAUGACUGUCUCGCCAUCAACUCUGGAUCGCACAUCACUUUCACCAACGGCUACUGUGACGGUGGCCAUGGUCUCUCCAUCGGUUCGGUCGGUGGUCGUAGCGACAACACCGUCGAAGACGUGACCAUCUCCAACUCCAAGGUUGUCAACUCCCAGAAUGGUGUCCGUAUCAAGACCGUCUACGAUGCCACCGGUACCGUCUCCAACGUCAAGUUCGAGGAUAUCACUCUUUCCGGUAUUACCAAGUACGGACUCAUCGUUGAGCAGGAUUACGAGAACGGCAGCCCCACUGGUACCCCUACCAACGGUAUCAAGGUCUCUGAUAUCACCUUCGACAAGGUUACCGGUACCGUUGAGAGCGACGCUACUGACAUCUACAUUCUCUGUGGAUCUGGCAGCUGCACUGACUGGACCUGGUCCGGUGUUUCCAUCACUGGUGGUAAGACUAGCUCCAAGUGCGAGAACGUUUCUACUGGUGCUUCUUGUUAA